CGUGUUGACAAAGUCGUGCACCCUAUAAAGGAAGGAAAAAGUCAAGCGCGGACAUACUCGGAGUUGCUCAAUCCAAAACAAUCACGGAAGAAUGAACAAGUCAGUGAAAUACCAUAUAAGAAGUUGGCGGAUAUUAUGAAACUUGAGCUAAUGGAAGAUAAGACGGCUGAGGAAAUCUCAAAGAUUUGGUACGAAUACCAUAAAACAAAGGAUGUGCUUGCGGCCACAUUAACCGUAAACCAAUUUGAUACGCUUAUGGAACGCGCGAAGCAAUAUCCCAUAUUUUUGCUUCCACUUCCUCGUAGCGAAGGUUUCGAGUUUAUAAUGCUACAGUUUGCCGCUAAUGCGGUUCAUUUCACAACUUUGCUAGCCUACCAGGUGCAUGCUGAAAAUGCGCCGGAAUGUUUAACAUUGGUGCACUACACUGAAAUGAAGGAUAAAGGUAUCAUUCUAAUGCGCGGUGAAUAUGAUAGCAAAGUCCUCACUGGACAAGAAGCACAAUGUUUAGCCAAUGAAUUGCAAAUGUUUUAUUACAAAAGUGAUCAAAGCAAAAUAAAACUCUUGGAAACGUUUAACAAAAAGCCAGAUGAGUUCAAGCAUACGGAUUUAAUCAAAGAAGUUGAAAAUAUUCAGUUGGCUUGAAAAAAUAAUAUCCUUGGAACUUUGGUACAUUGUGUAUUUAUUAAAUAUGUAGCUUUUAGAAUUCUUGCUUCAUCGCCAACUGUUUUAAGAAUGUUUCUAUAAAUGUAAUAAACGAAAAUGAGAAAUCUUCGAAA